CUGUGUGAAAUGUCAGUGUAGGUGUGCUGACUGCAGUUGCCAGCAGUCUCUGUGUGAAAUGUCAGUGUAGGUGUGCAGUUGCCAGCUAGUAACAGACAUACUAGUUUUGGAGUGAUCACGUUUUCCCCAUUCUUUGUUGUUGUACGACUCAGCCCUCCUUCCACCACCACCACUACCACCAACAACACCACCAACACCCCAGAACAUAAGGCAGUCAGAUGGGGCAUGCGGCAUGGUGUAGUCACCGCCACAGUUACUGAGGGGAAGUGUGUUCUCACCCAGUUCAAAGUGGCGACAGUGUGUACAAUGAGAGGGUCUUUCCCACACAUACCUCCAACUGUGAAGAAGCUGCAGCUCUGUCUGAUACUCGGCACUUUGAUUAUCGUGCUUAACAUCAUCGUGCGUCACACCUCACUCGUUUCAUCUCCCGCAAGAGAGAGCUGUCUGUCGGCACUCAUCGUUAUGCAGGCGUCAGGAACAGCCGACAGCGAGACCAGCAGACAACCGGCGCUCUCUGGGCACAGGAACCACGUGACUGCCCGACAUGAGCAUCUGACGUUAACGAACCCCAUUGCUCAUCACCACCAUCGGACGUCACAAAGGCAAGUCACCACAGCUCACCCACAUGUAACUUCAUCACACCCCCUGACCGUCCAUCAUUGGUCAGUGAAUCCCUCAACGCAUCUUGAAAGUCUGGGGUCCGACAGACAGUUACAUAAACUCACUCCGUCCUCUCGGCUGGACACGCGACUUGAUGGCCAUCUUCGAGCCUUUGCGACCCGGCUGAGUGCCAGGAACCGCCGCAUCACGCGCGAUAUCGUCGCGACCUUUUCGGCGGCCAUGACUGAGGCGUCCUUGACCUUCUUUCUCUACAGUGGCAGUCUGCUGGGCUCGUGGCGCCAUCACGGUCUCGUGCCCUGGGAUGAUGACGUGGACAUGGCUGUGCCCCGCUGGCAGGCUCAGGCCGUGUACCGCGCUCUGGGCCGCCUUAAGCCACUCUAUUAUCUCGACGUCCGCCAAAAGACUCGUUGGAAGCUGUACUCCAUCCAUUCGCACCCCAUCCACCUGGCCACGUGGAGCUGGCCCUUCGUCGACAUCAGCUUCUACGAGUCCAACAGCAGUCACGUGUGGGACCAUGACCCCGCCUACCUGGCCUUCACCUUCCCCAUCAAAGACGUGUUUCCGCUGUGCCAACGGCCGUUCCUGGACUUGCUGUUGCCCGCACCUAGAGACACGGAAGCCGUGCUGAGCCGCACCUUCAACCUUGCCAUCUGUAAGGUGGGCAGGUACGACCACCGCACCGAGUCCAUCAGGACUGGCGACAGCGACCUGGCUUCCGUGCCGUGUGAGCAACUGCAGAACGUCUUCCCUUUCGUCAGGAGGCAGGCUGCUGUAGGCGGGCAUGGAGGUUGUAACGAGAGUCUCGUUUUGGAUGGAGCUGUGCUAGCCUGGAGUUUGCUUGACAGUACACGGUGUUGAGCGCGGAUGGAAGUGUGCUCGUCUGAAGUCUGACAGUACACGGUGUUGAGCACGGAUGGAAGUGUGCUCGUCUGAUGUCUGACAGCACACGGUGUUGAGCAAGGCUUGGAUAUUUAGAGUCUGUACUAAAGCCUCUCUAAACAAAUAAUCAGAGGUCCGAGAAGAGGAGAGUAGGAUGGGUGUAGGGGAUGUUAGGGACUGUAGUCAUUGUAAGGCGCUAAAAGUUUUAUGGUCAACGCAGUGGUUUUCAUGUAAAGUGUUUCUACCUCAGUACCUACCAGCUGUCUUUAGCAUCCUUCUUACUCUUUUCCUAUGUGUCCCUUUUUGUUGCAUUCCUUCCUCUCUCUCUUAGUCUUUCCACCUCUACAUCUAAGUGCGUGCACAUGUGUGUAAAGGAGAAUUUUGCAGACAUGUGUGUGUCAGCGGCAGGGAUGGCAUACGUGCGUACGUACGUGCGUCACUUGCCAUUGUCAUCAAGCUGAAAAGUUCCCAGGGCUCAGAAGCUGGAACACGCGCUGUAUCUAUCUAAUGUGUAUAUGUGUAUGUGUGUGUGAACUAACUUGUAACAAGACUAUUUUUAGGGUCUGUUUUAUACGUUUCCAGAUGAAAGUAUAUCACUCUAUGCAAUAUUUUGAAAUAAAUUUCGUCAAACUCAGGAUCAUUGGCUCUGGUUUAGACAUGUGCAAGCUUCUUGCUUCAUAUUUAGCAUAUGAUUACUUCCAUUAUGAACUAUCUGGUAUUCACAUCGACGCUGUAAACCCCGCAUGCCAGAGAGAUUAGGUGAGUCCGUCUUUAUUGCACAUUACAUCUCGAGAGGUUAGAGUGAUUUCGUCUGUCUUUACUAUACAUCUCCAGAGAUUGAGUUCGUCUUUCUUUACUAUAUAUUACAUCUCGAGAGGUUAGCGAGUUCUCCUCUUUAAAGACGUUUCAUAUCGAGAGGUUAAAUUUGAUUUGAAGAAGCUGCAAGGCCCAAAGGUUGAAGAAAUCUUCAAUACUUCCGUUGGAGGAAAAUUUGUGGCACUGAACAUGAUGAGUUGUGACGUAGACUCUCGCCGGAAACACUACAGCUGUGUGACCUCAACCGUGCAGGAAGUGCUUGUGCAGCAAAGGAAGAAGAAACAGUCCUGGGUCACGAAAGAUAACCUACACCUCUAUGAUCAAAGGAUGAGAUUGAAGAAACAGAGGAAAGGUAGCCUAAACGCAGCUUUCGAGUACAAAGCAGUGAAUUCUGACAUUAGCAAAUGGAUAAAGGCAGGGAGGAAGAAAGAGCAGUAUGCAGUCUGAAGCAAUUACCUGGCGUUGACAACGUGCCAGGUGAGCUCCUCAACCAGGGCAGGAAUGAAACAAUAGCAGUCGCAGCUCAGUGUCAGAGAGUCUGGGCAUUAAAAGAAUGGACCAAAGAAUGAGUGCAAUCACUAUCCCUAUCCCCAUCCAGAGAAAGUAAACAAAAAUCAAAACCAUAAGCCUAAUUAUCCACCAUAGCAAAGUAACGCGAAGUAUCUCAUUAAUACUACUGGAUUACUCAUUACUAGCUUGCUAGCAGACCAGGCUGGCUUGACACCAGGACGGAAGACAGGUCACCAGAUCUUUCACUGUCGCAUGUGGUAGAGAAGCAUCUUCGCCAUCAACGGGACCACUAUCACAACGUCCUUUACUUUAAAGAGUCUGGUGCGAAGGGUUAUGGCAUGUGAUGUUAGCAUUCAAAAUCUUGUACAAGUCAUGGAAGUGCUGUGUAAGUGCUCAACGAGUGCAUUACUGCUGGAUGACCAAACAGAAGCUUUUCUACUCUCGCACUACAGUAGGUGCAGGUCAAGGGUGCCCCCUACCACCAGUGCGACUCACCUUAACAUAGAUAUAGGUAAACGACAAAUAUAUCAAGGAAAGAAUCUGCAUAUAUUGCAAGUCCUAACCUAUCACGGCUGCAUAAGAGUUUAGUCACAAAAUUAAGUACUACCUAAUUUAAGAUCACUUUUACAGAUUUCAACAGUGAGUACAUUAUACAUUCUUGUAGCAUUUAAGUCUUAUCUGCUCAGGACUUAACACCACAACAACAUCCAGGGAAACUGUCAGGUUCCUUUGGAAGAGCACUCCAGAAAACAGCAAACAAUCACUCUUUGCCUCGGCCCUAACUGUGGAUAGGUGUCACAGACAGUGUUCCGACAAGAGUGAGAGUGGGCGCCCUGUCCAGUAAGAGCUGAGCAAAUUAAAUUAAGACAAUAAACAAGAGCAAUAAA